AUGGCGGCCGCCAGUGGCUGCCUCUUCUCCUGCGCCCGCCCGAUGCUGCCCCGGCUUUGCGGGGGGCUGGCCGCAGGGCCCAGGUCGCUCCUCGGGGUAUCGGCUUAUUGCACCGCCCUGGUUGUGGGGAGCGGGGGGCCCAGGCAGAGCGAAGAUGCAGCAUCGAGCAGGACAUCACAAAUUGCAAGAAACAGAAGAGUGCCUGACGCUCCUAGAACUGAAAAGAUGGCUGUUGAUCAGGACUGGAGCAAUGUUUAUCCAACUGCAGCAGCAUUUAAUCCUUCUUCAGUGCCUCUUCCCAUCAGAAUGGGCUAUCCUGUGAAGAGAGGAGUACCUCCACCGAAAGAAGGCAAUUUGGAGCUUAUAAAGAUCCCCAACUUUUUGCAUCUGACUCCCCCAGCAAUUAAGAAACACUGUACAGCUCUUAAAGAUUUCUGCACUGAGUGGCCAACUGUACUGGACAGUGAUGAGAAAUGUGAGCAGCAUUUUCCUAUUGAAAUUGAGACAGUAGAUUAUGUUUCAGCAGGGCCAUCUGUUCGUAAUCCCAAAGCAAGAGUGGUGACUUUAAGAGUUAAGCUUUCCAAAUUGAACUUGGAUGACCAUGCAAAGAAGAAGCUCAUUAAACUUGUAGGAGAGCGGUACUGCAAGGACACAGAUAUGCUUACCAUUACAACAGACAGGACUCUCAGGCUCCUUUGUUGGGGGUUUAUACCUGUGACGAAGUGUCCAUUAAGGAGACAGAACUAUGACUAUGGAAUCUACCUCCUCACAGUUUUGUACCAUGAAUCGUGGAAAACUGAAAUGUGGGAAAACGAGAAGACUGAAGCAGACAUGGAGGAGUAUAUCUGGGAUAACAGCCCCUCUCAGAAGAAUGCUUUGGACACGCUUCUUCGAAUAAGAGCUGCAGAGAAAACCACUGAAGUAACUAGGGAAGAGCUGCUUGCCUCUGAGAUAGUUGAGAAUUACAAAACCGCUGUAGUUGUACUUAAAAAUGAAGGGGAAACAGAAAACAACAUUUUGCAGUACAAGGAAUCUGUGACGAAACUACUGAAUUUACAAGCAUUACAGUGAAAAUUGACAUUCCAUGCACAUCUCUGAUCUUAUGUCAAUAUACAAAGAUAAUGUAUGAUAAUAUUACUUUGUAGGAAAUUGUGAAUGCAGUUAUUCAGGUUUUUCUGGACCUUCAACAAAACAAGUUUUCCUUAGAAAAUUAAUAAAAUUUUAAAAUUUCAAAAACCUUGAAUGGAAUUUAGAGUGAAUAGAGAUUCAAAAAGGGUCAGCAACAAACAUUUUGUUUCCUCUUCUGCCAAUAUCCUCCUUUUCCUCUAUAAAUACAAUUUGUAUCAAGUCUUUUCUGGGAAGCCUUCUGAGUAUUUAUGGGCUUAAGCACUCUGUUCUGCUGUUCUAGCCUGGGAUUUAGGAGGCCCUGAUCAAAUUCCUUGCUCUACCACUGACUUCUAUGUAUCCUUGGGUAAAUCACAUAAGGUAAGAUUUUCAAAAGCACCUCCUAAGUUCCACUGAAUUUCAAUGAGGCUUAGGAUCCGGAGUGCCUAAGUCAUUUCUGCAAAUGGGGCACACAGGGUAUGUCUACACAGCAAAGAAAAACCCAUGGUUGGCAGGGCCUGGGCUC